AUGCCCCUGCUCGAACCGCUGUUCCACGAGCUCGCGCUCGAGCUCGUCGUCCCUCCUUCAGGAGCGUUCCCGGCCCCUCCGCGAGGCGGCGCGGCGGCGCGCAAGUGGUGGGAGGACAUCUGUUCUGCUCCGACAAGAGACACGGCUUUCUUGGACGAGAAGCUAAGCUAUGCGGUCGCCCUGCACCUGCCCGAAUCUGCCUUGCCCUCUACAACUCCAGACAGCCCACCUGCUGAACUCGCCCUCCUCUCUCGCCAGCUCCAGAUUACCGCCACGGCGUCGUUCCUGCCUCCUCACCACUCCAACCUCCCUCCCAGUCCGACCAAGGGUCUCGGUGCCAGCGGUACGCCCGUAAACAGGCGAGCAUCAUACUUCCCAGAGACGUCUCCUGGCGGUCCUGGUCCCGUGGGUAAUGGCGGACCGCCCCCUCCACAGGUUCACAUUACGCAGGCGCCAGGAGGCUCGCCGCACCAGGGGCAUGGCAAUGUUGGGCCACACGCCGAUGGUGCGCCGCUUCACACUCCCAACCCGUUCCCGGCCAUGACGCCUGGCGCAGAAGCGUUCGCCGGUGUCGAGGGCGUGACAGUGUGGGAGGGCGCGGUGGAGACGCCGGAUGCCGACGGGGCUGUGCUUGUCAAGACAGAUGAGGGAUGGACGGCUGUUUGGAGGGGCGAGCUGCCUGUUGUCUACGUCCGCACGUCUAUCCAAAACCCCGUGUUGGCCCUCACUGCCUUUGUGACACUGCGUGAAGGUGGCCGCCGCCGGUCGGCUACCGUUGGGGUUACCGAUGCGGCCUCGAUCGUCAGCACCAGCACUCUGAUAACGGACUCGACCGACCCCGAGGAGCCGACCAAGCUCGACCUCGCGGCCAUGGAGGAGAUUGACCUGCUGGGCGGCCUCGUGUCUGACCCUAUGCCCGCGAGCCGUCUCCCACCAAGCCUGCGUGACGACUUGAGUGUCCGCCGGCCCCAAUCGCCUAGCAUCGCAAACUCUCCAUCGUUCUCGCCCGGCAGUGUCCGCCCAAUGCCGUCGUCGAGCACGACGUUGCGCAAGUCGUAUAGGCGAGUGCUCAGUCUCUCGCCUGGCCUCCGCGUGCGCAUGCGUACCCUCUUCCUCCCACAACUCCUUCCUCCCAACGCUGCUACGGAUGAGAGUGAGGACGCCGAGCGUCGCAUCGUCUUGUCUGUGGAAAUCGAGAAUGGAGCCGACCAACACGAGCACGGGUUUGAGAUUGUUGGCGUCACUGUUGAUGUGGGAGGCAAGGGUUCCAAGGCCGUUGCGUCCCUCAUUUGCCAGCCUGGACAAGUGCUCAACGGCGACGUCAACACGUUCCCUCUUCGUCUCUCCAGCAUGGAGCAGUACAACCUCCUGUACGCUGUCGACAUUGCCAACACCCCCGGCGCCAAGGGCGACGACCACCGUCCCGUCUCUAUCGUUCUCUGGGGCCGCCCCUUCCGCCCUGCCCCGGCUGACGCCGACCUUGCGUUCCCCACUGCCGCUUUCCAGAGCCGCUGGAACUGCGCUCUUGAUCUGGCGCCAUACUAUGCUUCGUUGCCACCUGCACCUCCCGCGCCACCCGCUCACGCGCCCUCGGCACGACACACGAUGCACCGCCUCAGUAAGCCCAACCCGCCAAUCCCAAACGCCAUUGCCGGCGACAAAAAGUACUCUCUCGCAGCCCUUUUGGCAGACAAGCCCACGCCAGGCCCAGAAAGGUCGAGGCUGGUCUCCCGACCGAUGAUGCCCUCGUCAGCCAUGAACCGCGUCGUCUCGGCCCGUGCCCAGAAUAUCCCCCAGGCAGUGGGCGAUGGACAUGGCCUGCUCGUUUCCGUCAAGCUCCUCCCGCCCGACUUGGCCGACGACGUUAUUCGUCCCUUGGACACGUUUUCGGUCGAGGUGUUUGUGCAUAACAGGACGGACAGUGUGCGCCGCUUCAGGCUGGCUAUCCCGCCCCGCGAUGCACUGGACGCGCGUAUCCGCGAUGCCUGGGCGAGGAGGAGGAGAAGGAGGGCCGAUGAGCCGACGUACGGUGCCGACGACCCAGUCGUCUCUGUCCUGCUUGCGCAGCACGAGGCUGCAGCCCCCGCCCUCAUUGCGCUCGAGACAGAUGUCCGUUGUGGGCCACUCUUACCAGGUGCCUCCCUGGCGGCGCGCGUGCGUUUCCUGGCCCUCCGUGAAGGUGUGCACCGUAUCGAGCGCAUGCGCCUCACAGGCGUCGGCGAGGACUUUGACUUUGUGAUCACGCCGGUCAUGGACAUUGUCGUGGAAGCUUAG